GUCGUCGCAUCAUCUUCAUCCUUGGAUUUUGUUGAACAUUCGGUUUCGUAUAUCGGUUGCGAUAGGACGUCUUUGAGCGCGUAAAUACCUGAUGAUAAAAUACAAGAACACGAUUUUUAAAAAACAAUCAAGGACAACCGGCAUAUUUAUUGGAGAAAAUUAGCAUUUUUCAAUUCUUCAAUUUAAAUAUCCAAGUAGUGAGCAAUCAACCUUGCGGCAAGUGGUGUUCCUAUACUUUCGCAGCGAAACAAAACUCUCUGGGCACCAAUUAAAUUCAAUUUAAUUCAAUUUAGUGAAAGAAAUUAAAAUAUCUUCAUUUUAAGCGGCAAGUCAGUGGAACUUUGAAUGUGCAUUUUAUUGUUUGAUACUUGAUUUACUAUGAGAACCUAACGCCAAUUUUGUCAAAGAUUCUUCUAUUUGAUUUGUGUAUUUUCUGACUUUGAUUUUUAAACAAUCAAAUUGUUCUUUCGUCAUCGUCUCGUUGUCCAGCUCGUCUUUGUUCUAAUUGAACGUUUUUUAUUAAUCAAGUCGUAUUUUUUGAUUGUACUUGUGUGAUACUCGUGCUUAUUAUUAUUAAUGAAAUCUACAAUGGCUGAUGAAAGUUUACAUUCACCGUUAGAUCAAAAUAUCGAUUAUCAUAUAGUGACAUUAUUUGAACGUUUAGAAGCAAUGCGUAAGGAUACAAAUGGACAUCCUUCCAUAAGUGCCAGAUUAUCGAGUACAUUGCAACCGAAAAGGAGUAUGCAUGCAGAAAUAAGGACUUUGGAAUUUUGGAGGUCAAUAAUCUGUGAGUGUUUGGCAUCGUUCUUCUAUGUUUUCAUUGUUUGUGGAGCAGCAGCUGGAGCUGGUGUAGGAGCAAGUGUAUCAUCGGUUCUAUUGGCUACAGCACUGGCAUCUGGUUUGGCUAUGGCAACAUUAACUCAAUGUUUUAUGAAUAUCUCUGGUGCACAUAUUAAUCCUGCAGUGACGUUAGCAUCAUGUGUCAUCCGGAUAGUAACACCAUUGCGUGCUGCAAUGUACAUAACUGCCCAAUGUGGUGGUGGAAUAGCUGGGGCAGCUUUACUUUAUGGUGUCACAGUACCUGGUUAUCAGGGUAAUCUUCAAGCUGCCAUUUCACAUAGUGCCUCAUUAGCUGCAUGGGAACGUUUUGGUGUUGAAUUUAUUUUGACAUUUGUUGUUGUUCUAUCAUAUUUUGUAUCAAUGGAUUCAUAUAAGAAAUAUUUGGGAAAUGCCGCUUUAUCAAUUGGCGCUGCUUACAGUGCAUGCAGUUUUGUUUCGAUGCCUUAUCUAAAUCCAGCUCGUUCGCUAGGUCCAUCAUUUGUUCUCAACAAAUGGGACAGCCACUGGGUCUACUGGUUCGGUCCGUUGGUUGGUGGAAUUGCUUCGGGUCUCCUUUUCGAAUAUAUUUUCAAUUCACGUCGCAAUCAUCGCAAAUCAAAAGAAAGCAUGGACAACGAUUCAUCCAGCAUGCAUUCCGAAGAUGAACUUAAUUACGAUAUGGACAUGGAGAAACAACAAAUGCAAAAUCCCAAAUUCCAAGGUUCUCAAUACCGUGCCCCAACCGGAACACUCACUCAACAAGGUGGCUAUUGUCAGAAUUUAUACACCACAGCACCAUUGACUAAAUUCGAACAGCCCGAACCAUUGUAUGGUGGAACUCGGUCGAUGUACUGCCGUUCACCACCUCUAACCAGGACCAAUUUGAAUCGUUCACAGUCGGUUUAUGCCAAGAGUAAUACUGCCAUUAAUCGUGAUAUAGUUCCUCGUCCGGGACCAUUGGUGCCAGCUCAGAGUUUGUAUCCCCUGCGAGUUUCUCAGGUGCAGAAUACUCAUUUGCAGAAUCAGAAUGUUCAAAAUCAGAUUCAACAGAGGUCGGAUAGUAUGUAUGGUAUGCGUGGUUCGACACGUCAAUCUCAACAACAGCAGCAACAUCAACAGCAACAACAACAUCAACAGCAACAAAUGCAACAGCAAGCUGAAAGACCCCAGGAAUCUCAAGGCUUCCAACCUGUCUAUGGAACACGCCACAAUCCUACCCCCAACGAUGGUGGACUCAAAUUCGAUAGACGUCCCGAAUCAGUCUAUGGACUAACUCAGCCUCGUGGCCGUGGACAAUCUGCACAAUCUGAUGACAGUUCAUACGGGUCAUACCAUGGAUCAGCGAUAACUCCUCCAGCUAGAAAUCCAAAUGGUGAGGUUAUGAUGUACAUUCCACCACCACAACCCACACAACAACAAACACACCAACAUCAGCAACAACAACAGCAGCAACAGCAACAACAACAACAACAACAGCAGCUAAUUCGAACGCAAUCAGAGAGAAAAGUCUCCGCUCCGGUGGUGAGCGCUUCAUCCCAACAAACCCAACAGAGUGUUGUCGAUGGACGACAACAAACUGUCACAUAUUCCACCUCAGGUCAGGGACCACCACCUCAACAACAAAUGGUAUCAGCACAGCACUACAGCAUGAUGCCAAUGAGACAAAAUUAGGAAUUAGAUAAAUACUAGUUGGCUUCUCCCAAGGCCAUACUAUAAACACCACUUCCCCGUAAAUCUUCCUAAAAAUAUAAUGUUUUAAGUUCUUUUUGUUUGUAAAUUUACCAAAUUUUUUGUUUUUAUAAAACACACACGACUUUUUUUAAUGGAACCUUAAACCUAGCCUAGCUUUUAAUUUUUUUCUUUUUAAUCGAAAUAAGCGAGGUCUUGACCAAAAUUCUCUUCUUUAAAGAAGAUCAAGACCAAUAGAAAGAACAUUUAUUGAUUUUCAAAUAAAAUAAUGGCAGAUCAAUAUGACCCAUGACGUAAAGUGUCAACAUUUCUUUAUGCUUGUGCUACAAAAUAAACCAAAUGCCAUAUGACAGUUAAUUAGAUGAGGUUAUAAUUUUGUACUUGGAUUCUUUAGAGAGAUCUCAUUUUGACAUUUUAUCAAUUUAUGUCACUAUUACUGCCCAUUUUUUUUUUAAUCAUGAAGUAGAUAAAAUUAUGCGUCAAAAUAAAAGAGUCUAAUGUAAACAUCGCCUUAUGACUUUUAAAAGUAAGUUAAAUGGAUUAAGGAACUCGGAAAAGACUUCAAAUUACCAAACACACUUUAGAGCUCUUAAUUUAAACUCAACAUUUACUUUUUAACUUUUGUAUCAACUAUUUUAGAGCUUUAAUUGUCACAAUUGGUAUUUGAUUUUAACAUAAAUAAUGGCUAAAAAAUGGUAAAAUAAAGAAAUUCUUCGACAAAACUAUUGAUCGCGCAUACGUCAAAUUUUCUUUCACUCUUGGUUGUACAAAAUUUACUUGAUAGAUCGAAAAGUAAUUGUCAAAAAGUGUUCUUGGCUUUUUAUUAUAUUUUUUUACGACAUUUUUUACAACGUUAAGUGAAUUUCGUUAUUUUUUUGCUUUAAUUUAUAAACUAAAAUGUUUUAUAUGUAACUCACUGCCACCUCCCAUCUUACUCAUUAAAAUAUAUAUUUUUUUGUACUAAGUAAUUAAUAAUUGUUUAAAAAGGAGAACCAUUAAUCAUUAAUCAACCCUUGACUGAUUUCUUAUAUUUGAACAAAAAAAAAAAACACUACAAAACUA